GCCGGAGCCAAUCCCACCUUCAGCAAGAUGGCUUCGCUGAGGGUCUUCUGCUUGUUUCUGAGUGUGGUGGGCACAGGAUGGAGUGCAGAUACAGAUGGAGGUGACUUUUUAGCUGAAGGAGGAUCUGUGCGUGGCCCGAGAAUUGUGGAAAGACAGCAAUCAACCUGCAAAGAGACUGACUGGCCUUUUUGCUCAGAUGAUGACUGGAACCAAAAAUGUCCUUCUGGCUGUAGAAUGAAAGGGUUGAUUGAUGAAGCCAAUCGGGAUUUUACAAACAGAAUCAAUAAGCUCAAAAAUUCACUCGACGAUUAUCAGAAGAACAAUAAGGAUUCUAGUUCUGUGACCAGGAAUAUAAUGGAACUUUUGAGAGGGGACUUUUCCCAAGCCGGUAACCAUGAUAAUAUCUAUAAUCAAGCAUCAGAUGAUCUCAGAAGCAAAAUUGAGGUCCUGAAGCGCAAAGUCACAGAACAAGUACAGCGUAUCCAGCUUCUGCAGAGCAAUGUCAAGUUUCAGCUGAUAGAAAUGAAACGAUUGGAGGUGGACAUUGAUAUUAAGAUCCGAUCUUGUAAAGGGUCAUGCAGUAGAUCUUUAGCUCGUGAAUUAGAUUUAAAGGACUAUGAAGAUCAGCAGAAGCAACUGGAACAGGUCAUGGCCAAAGACUUGCUUCUCUCUAGAGAGAAGGACUACUUACCACGGAUAAAAAUGAGUCCUGUUACAGACUUGGUUCCUGGAGAUUAUAAGAGCCAGCUUCAAAAGGCCCCUCCAGAGUGGAAGGCCCUAGUGGAAACAAAGCAGAUGAAAAUGGAGUUAGAGAGACCUGGAAGAGUUAGGGUUGACUCAGGAUCUGAUCCAUCUCAUGGGUCCAGAGUAGAACAUGAGAGCUCCAGGGCUCCUGAUCAAGGUGGUACUAGGCCUAGGAAUCCCACAAACUCCGGACCUGGCAACACUGGCACUCGGACUCCUGGAAGCUCUGGACCUGGAGGUUCCAGCACUUGGAACCAUGGAAGCUCUGGACCUGGAGGUUCCAGCACUUGGAACCAUGGGAGCUCUGCAUCUGGAGGUUCCAGCACUUGGAACCAUGGGAGCUCUGCAUCUGGAGGUUCCAGCACUUGGAACCAUGGGAGCUCUGCAUCUGGAGGUUCAAGCACUUGGAACCAUGGGAGCUCUGGAUCUGGAAGUUUUAGGCCGGAUAGUUCAGGGUUUGGGAACACCAGGCCUACCAACCCAGACUGGGGUGAAUUUGAAGAGGAGUCGGGAAUUGUAAAUCCUGGGACAGCAAAAGAGUUCCACACAGGCAAGCUGGUCAUUUCUAAAGGAGAAAAGGAGCUUCUGAUUGGUGACGAAAAGGGUGCCUCUGGUGGCACAACCACCACUCAUCGUUCAUGCUCUAAGACCAUCACUAAAACUGUUACAGGCCCUGAUGGUCGGAAAGAAGUGACCAAAGAAGUCGUGAACUCAGACGAUGGCUCAGACUGUGGCACUGGAACAGACUUUGACAUGUUCCACACUUUGACUGGCAGAGGGAGUCUGGAUGAGUUUCGACUGCGGCACCCGGGAGAAGCAGAGUUCUUUGACACUGGCUCAACAGGAAAAUCGUUCUCAGAAUUACUGUCAUCAUUCAAAGAGCCUGGAAGUAAGACCCAUUCAAGGGCUUCGGAGUCUGAGAUCUUCACAGAAUUUGGGGUACCUGAGUUCUCUACCAGUAGCAAAACUACAAGUCACAGCAAACAAUUUGUAACCAGAGGAGACUCCAGGAUUGAAAGCAAGAGUUUUAAAAUGAUGGAUGAUGGUGAAAGUGGAAGCCAUUCUAAAACUCGUCGAGCCAGAGACUGUGAUGAUGUCCUCCACAUACAUCCUUCAGGUGCCCUCAGUGGCCUUUUCCAUAUCAAGCUACCAGGAUCCAGUAAGCUUUUUUCUGUUUAUUGUGAUCAAGAGACCAGUUUGGGAGGAUGGCUUUUGAUCCAGCAAAGAAUGGAUGGAUCACUGAAUUUUAACCGGACCUGGCAAGACUACAAGAAAGGUUUCGGCAGCCUGAAUGACAAGGGAGAAGGAGAGUACUGGCUAGGGAAUGAAUACCUCCACACACUAACCCUGAGGGGUUCUGUCCUUAGGGUUGAAUUAGAGGACUGGGCAGGGAAUAAAGCUUAUGCCCAAUAUCAUGUCCGGGUAGGUCCAGAAGAUGAAGCCUAUGCCCUCCAGGUCUCCUCCUAUGAGGGCACGGCAGGAGAUGCUCUGGUAGAGGGUUCUGUGGAGGACGGGCUGGAGUACACCUCUCAUGCAGGCAUGCAAUUCAGCACCUUUGACAGAGACGGAGACCAGUGGGAAGAGAACUGUGCAGAAGUCUAUGGAGGAGGUUGGUGGUACAACAGCUGCCAAGCGGCCAAUCUCAAUGGCAUCUACUACCCUGGGGGCUCCUAUGACCCCAGGAACAACAGCCCUUAUGAGAUUGAAAAUGGAGUGGUCUGGAUCCCUUUCAGAGGAGCAGAUUACUUCCUCAAGGUGGUACGCAUGAAAAUCAGGCCACUGGCCGCCCAAUAGACUGAGAAAGUGGACGGUUGGGUGGGAGAUCAUGCCCAGUGUGUUUGCUUAGAGAAGCGAGAAGGGGAAAGAAAGAAAGAUUAAGCAGUCCUUACAAUCCCCUAAAAAUCCCCAGGUGCUAUUCCAUUGUUCUUUGUACUGUACCUAAAUGUAACUGAGACAUAUUAAAAUAAAGUUAUGAGUUUUUUUAUCUUUAAAAUUA